AUGGCCAAAUCGCGUCCCGCUCCGGCCGCCCCGCCCCGCCCUCGCUCUCGGCCGCCCCGCACCGGCCGCCCCGCCCGCACCGCCGCCCCCGCCGCCGGCCGCCGGCCGCCCGCCCGCCAUGGCUCGGCCGCCUCGCCCGCCACGCCUCGCCACGGCUCGGCCGCCUCGUCUCCCGCUCCGGCCGCCCCCGCGACGCCCGGCCCCGCCCGCCACGCCCUGCCCCCGCUCGCCACGGCCCGGCCACCCCGCCCCGCCGCCGCCACGGCUAGAGAGGCAGAGUGCUCGGUGCUGGGGAAGAAGGGGCUGUUGUCGUCGUGCGCGGAGGAGAUGGCGAGCAGCAUGAGGAGGUUCCUCAACCCGCUGGUGCUCAACAUCCAGAAGAUGGAGCUCGAGCUCACCUGCCCCGUCUGCCUGAAGUUGCUCAGCGCGCCCACGAUGCUACCAUGCUCCCACACAUCCUGCAGCACAUGUGCGACGACACAGACCAUGGAUGGCUACAGCUGCGCAAUUUGCAAAAUACCCUACCAAUCUCAAGAUUUAAGGCCUGCUUAUAACCUGGAGGCAAUAGUGAAAAUCCAUAGGAGCCUCAGCUCUACGCUCAGCAGCAUGGUCGCACAGCAGGGGACUCAAGGGGACAUUCCUGUUGCAUUGCAACCAACUCCAGAACCAGGGAACAAAAAUUCUUACAACUCUGUUGCUUCAAAGCUGCUAUAUAGCCAAUCAGCUGGACCUGCAAAUGCAAUUGUGGGCGGUCAGAAAGCAACGGAUCCUGCAUCGAACCAAGCUAAUGGGGUGGCCGUUCAGCCAACGGUUCUUGUACACAAGGGACCAUGCAGGUCGUCUCAAUCUUCCGAUGGCACUAGGGAUCUGGACUGUGACAGUAAUGACCUGGAAGGAGAGUUGGUAGCAAGCAGAUCCCCUCCUCAAAAUGAGUCGAAAAGAGUACCUGAUGUAACAGAUGACCAUACCAGGGAACCAAAGAGGCUAAAGUCCACAGAUCAGAGUGAAAAACAACGAACUAUGACUGACUCCUGGAAAUGUGAAUUUUGUCACUCUCCUGAAAUCAGCAAGUGUGCUGGCCCGUUGUUGCACUAUCUGAAUGGAGAACCAGUGAAGGAUGAUCAAGCUUGGAAAUCUAAUGUUCUGCAUGUCCAUGAGAAAUGCACUGAAUGGGCUCCUCAAGCAUUCUUUGAUGGUGAUAUUGUGAAGAAUUUGGAGAAUGAGUUGGCGCGUUCUUCGAAGAUCAAGUGCAGUGUUUGUGGAUUAAAAGGUGCAGCACUAGGCUGCCUUGUUAGGAGCUGCCGCCAAAGCUUUCAUUUCCCAUGUGCCCAUGGGAUCCCAGGCUGCCGAUGGGACGAAGAAAAGUUUGUUAUGCUGUGUCCUUCCCAUUCAUCAAAGAAGCUGCCCUGUGAGAAACCAAAAUCGAAAAAGAAGGCCCAGCUUCAACAAUCAUCUUCUGAUGCUAUUCUUGGCGAUUUGAACUCACCUUUUCCAAUGGAAAGAAAUGAACUUUGGACAGCCUCACCUUUUUUAGCAAAUGAAUGGGUGAUAUGCGGAUCUGCCCUCUCUGGCCGAGACAAGGAAGUGUUGGGUCAGUUCCAGGCUCAAACUGGCAUCACAGUAACUAAUAACUGGACGCCAAAUGUGACUCAUGUAGUCGCUAAUACGGAUGAAAAGGGUGCAUGUGGUAGGACACUGAAGGUUCUCCUGGCCAUACUAGCUGGGAAAUGGGUUCUCAAUGUAAAUUGGCUGAAAGCUUGCCUGGAGGCUAGAGAACCAGUCCCUGAGGAGCCAUAUGAGAUCAGUUCUGAUGUUCAUGGCUCUGUUGAUGGCCCUCGCACAGGAAGACUACGAGCAAUCCAAAAGGCACCAAGACUGUUUUCAGGGCUGGCCUUCUACUUUAUUGGUGAUGUCCUGCCGAUGUUUAUGGCGGACCUUGAAAGCUUGAUUGCCAUGGCAGGAGGAUCUAUCUUGGACAAGGCUGAUCUCUCCAGCACAUCCUUGAUUCUUUACAACAUGGAGGUUCCUCCUGGAGAUGAUCAGGCCAACAUCGAGCUGGUUAUGGAGAAGAGAAGGGCGGAGGCUGAAGAACUGGCAGCAACAGUUGGCUGCAGGGCUCUUGCUCAUACAUGGGUUCUGGAUAGCAUUGCCUUCUGCAAAGUGGAGUUUCCCAUGUGA